AAAUUAAAAGGAAACACAUCCAAAAAAAAAAAAAAUCUAAUAAAAUAAAAAAGUAGAAGAAGAAAAGGAGCGGUUGAGUUGAAAUAGCCGGCGCGUACUCGUCAACGUAACGCGCGUGGUGUGUUUUGCGCGACUCAAUAGAGACGAUUUGAGCUUUUCUUCCGUUGUGAUCUGAAGAGUUCGGAUUCGAAAGUUAGAGAUCGUGAUCGGAUAAUAAUGGUGAAGGAGACGGAGUUUUACGAUGUGCUCGGCGUUAGCCCCACCGCCACGGAGGCCCAGAUUAAGAAAGCUUACUACAUCAAGGCACGCCAAGUACAUCCAGAUAAAAACCCCAAUGAUCCUCAGGCUGCUCAUAAUUUCCAGGUGUUGGGAGAGGCCUACCAAGUGCUAAGUGAUCCAGGGCAACGUCAGGCCUAUGACACUUGUGGGAAAUCUGGGAUUUCAACUGAGAUCAUUGAUCCUGCGGCGAUAUUUGCUAUGCUUUUUGGGAGUGAACUUUUUGAAGAAUACAUUGGGCAGCUUGCUAUGGCAUCAAUGGCGUCUCUUGAUAUCCUUUCUGAAGGAGAUCAGAUUGAUACUAAAAAGAUUAUAGAAAAAAUGAGGGCUGUUCAGAAAGAAAGAGAAGACAAGCUUGCUCAGAUUCUUAAGGAUCGCCUCAACCUAUAUGUAACGAACAAAGAUGAAUUUAUUAGCAAUGCUGAAGCUGAAGUAACAAGACUCUCAAAUGCAGCAUACGGUGUGGAAAUGUUGAACACAAUUGGAUAUAUUUAUGUAAGACAAGCGGCAAAAGAGCUUGGAAAGAAAGCUAUAUAUCUCGGUGUACCAUUCGUUGCUGAAUGGUUUAGGACGAAAGGUCACUUCAUCAAAUCCCAAGUAACAGCUGCAACAGGCGCAUAUGCUUUAUUUCAGCUGCAAGAGGAAAUGAAAAGGCAGCUAAGUGCUGAAGGCAAUUAUACUGAGAAGGAACUUGAAGAGUACAUGAAGACCCAUAAGAAAGUGAUGAUUGAUUCUCUGUGGAAACUGAAUGUUGCUGAUAUCGAAAGCACUCUCUCCCGUGUUUGUGAGCUGGUUCUUCAAGAUCCCACCGUCAAGAGAGAGGAGCUUCGUGCAAGGGCCAAGGGGUUAAAAACUCUGGGGAAGAUCUUCCAGAAGAACAAGAUAGCCAGUGAGAGUGAUCCAUUAGUAAGAGCCGAACUUCACAAACUAAAUGGAAAUGGUCAAGACCGUGAUUAUGCAUCCACAUCACCAAAAUCCGAUGAAGCAUCUCACUCCACAUUUGGGCCUCAGGAACCGCAAAGCCCUUAUGUGGAAGCACCGAAGCUUGGAGAUGAGCAAUUCAACUAUUACUUCCCAAGGCCUGCACCGCCUCCAGGAGCACAGAGACACUCUUAAACUGGCAAAAGGAUGGAUUCUGAUAAAAGAAUGUGAGAGGUAGUUUCCCUUUUGUACUAUAUAAUAUUAUAAAUAUAAGCAUUUAUGCAUAUUUGAUAUGUUUGAAGUAUGUGGUUACCAUUAUGUAUUUUUAUUUUAUUAUUAUUGUUAGUAGAAGAAAUUAUUGGAUCCUUGAAAAUCACAUGAAAUCUCAUCUUUGACAAUGUAUAAUUGUUUUAUUUUAUUUAUGAUAUUUGGAGAUCA